AUGAAGGGGAUUCGGGGAAUAACGCACUUAUCGUCGAGACUUUACGCUGCCCAGGCGGCUAGAAAAGUUGAGGCUGAACAGGUCAAGUUUCAGCCGCAGGAUGUGCAGAUCACCAAGCUCUCCAGUGGGUUGGUGAUUGCAUCACAGGAGAAUUACUCCCCUGCAUCAAAGAUCGGAGUGUUUAUAAAAGCUGGCUGUCGUUAUGAGACUACCAACGAUUUAGGUGUCACUCACCUCCUCCGGCUUGCUUCCAGCCUGACUACAAAAGGAGCCUCUUCUUUUAAGAUUUGCCGUGGAGUGGAGGCAGUGGGUGGAAGUUUAAGUGUGACAUCAACCAGAGAGAACAUGAUCUACAAUGUGGACUGCUUAAGAGACGACAUAGACACCGUGAUGGAGUACUUGAUUAAUGUGACCACAGCUCCAGAGUUUCGACCUUGGGAGGUGUCUGAACUCACUUCGAGGGUAAAGAUGGACAAGGCCCAGGCUGCUCAAAGUCCUCAAAUAGGUGUCGUGGAAGGUCUCCAUGAUGCUGCGUACAAGAAUGCCCUUUGUAACUCCCUGUACUGCCCCACCCACAUGGUUGGAAACAUCCAGUCUGACCAUCUGCACCAGUUUGUGCAAAAUAAUUUCACCAGUGCUAGAAUGGCUCUUGUUGGACUUGGUGUGGAUCACAACAUACUGAAACAAGUUGGAGAACAGUUCUUGAACAUCCGCAGUGGUGCAGGGGCUGAAGGUGCUAAAGCUCAAUAUCGUGGAGGUGAGAUUCGUCUGCCUGGAACGGGUUUGGUGCAUUCAUUGGUGGUGAGUGAAGGAGCGGCUGCAGGGGGCAGCGAUGCUCUGUCCUUUGGGGUUCUGCAGCAUUUACUGGGAGCAGGUCCUCACGUCAAGAGAGGCUCCAACAUCACCAGCAAACUGAGCCAAGCUGUAGCCAAAGCCACAGCAGACCCUUUCGAUGUCAGUGCGUUCAACGUUAGCUACUCAGACUCUGGUUUGUUUGGAGUUUACACCAUUUCCCAACCUGCAGCCGCUGGAGAUGUGAUAAAGGCAGCUGUGAGCCAGGUGCAGGCUGUUGCAGACGGUGGAGUCACGGCAGCGGAUCUUACUCGAGCCAAAGCGCAGCUAAAGGCACAGUUCUUGAUGUCUCUGGAGACGUCGGAUGGUUUGCUGGAAGCAAUUGGAACGCAGGCACUAGCGGAGGGAUCCUACUGCUCCGCUGAGAACAUUUCCAAAAAUAUUGACAAUGUUUCCCUGACUGACGUUUCCAAUGCUGCAAAGACAUUUGUUUCUGGCAAGAAAACUAUGGCUUCAAGUGGCAACCUUGUAAAUACUCCAUUUGUGGAUGAAAUCUAA